UGUGGUGACGCGUGUGGAAAUAAACAGGAGCAGAGGAGGAAGAGCAGAAAAGCAACAGCGUUACAUUUGAACAUGGAGCAAGAAACGGACGAGAAAACUUCUUCAGAAAAACAUGAGACUGAGGAGAAGGAGGACAGUUACUCUCAGGUCACAGCUCUGGUCACAGACUGGAUGUUGGAUUUUCUGUUCGUAAGUCUCUGCCGGAACUUUAAAGAAGGAAAUCUGGGUGAAUUCAACAAGAAUCUGACGUCUUUUCAAGCCAUUUCAGACGACCUACCCCAGAAUGACAAAGUUUUCUUAUGUGCCUUCCUUGCCAGAGUCAUGCACGGGAAAGAGCUGGAUGUGAUAUUUGAAGAAGACCAUAGAGUGUCGCCUCUGAUGUCUGCCGCAAAAAUCUGGAGUGGCCUCAAAGAGACAGUGGAGGAUGAAAGUUUAGCAAGAAACAUGACAAUACUUUUGGUUGUUCAGGCUGUGGCUAUGUGCUUGGAGAAAGGAUCCAAUGCCUCUUAUACCCUCCAGUGGUUUGAGAAGAAUGUAAGCCUUUCAUCAUCCCUGAGAGUCAAACUGGGAACAGUCAUAGCUCAAAAGGACAUCUACCACCCAUUCAUCCAGAGCUUCAGCUACAGCCGCCUUCUGGAGACCGCCAAUACAGUUGUAGAUUUAUUUCUGGAAAAGAAUCCUUCUGAUUAUCUUCUUAAGAUGGCCACAAAAGCAGUGCAGUCAUCUAAGAGCAGGAACGUGUUCAAAGACACGGGUGCAAAGGACAACUUUCAAACUGCUCCAGAGUCCACCACAGCUAAUGUCAAUAAAAAAUCAAAGCGUAAACUUCUGUCAAAUAAAAUUUGUGACAUAUGGUCCCCAGAAACAUGCAAACAGCCCUUGAUUUAUGUUGAAAGAAUCUCCAAGAAUGACUCAACGUGCAAUGUCACAAACAUCACAAACAUCAAAAAGCGGAAACCACGCAUAGUAAGACACAAGCUCUAUGUUUUGGUCCAUUGUCAUUGUAGUUGUGUUCUGUUGUCAUUCAGUCAUAUUUGUUAUUUUUUGUUUAGAAAUGGUCCUGGGAAGAAGACAGACAACUUAUUUCUGGUGUUAAACGUCACGGUCUGGGACAGUGGGCUCACAUUUUGCAGGACUAUGACUUUGGGAACCGCACUGGCACCAUGCUCAAAGACCGAUGGAGAACCCUAAAAAAGACCGGUUUGGUUUAAACUGGGAGACUUUGGCCCUGUUUCAAGAAGCGGGUUUAGGCCAAACUCGGACUUUGUCACCAUGUUACCU